UACAGAUUUCAAGCGUGUGUUUAUUUUGCAUCUGUCUUUCAAGCUAUGUCAUGUGGUAUCCAUUACUUAGCAUCUGUGUUCAUGGCUGUUACUCCUAACUUUGUUUGUGGGAUCCCUGGAAACGUCAGUAGUGUUCUUUUCUACAACUCCUCUGAAUCGAGUAUAGAGGACAUCUGGACACUGUGGACAUCAACAGAAAAUUACAUUGCAGUCCAGCUGGAAAAUGGAGAAAUCUGGGAACUUAACCAAUGCAGCAGGUCCAAACGAGAAGUCGGUCUGGAGCUGGCAUAUGAAUACGAAGGCAACAAGUCUGUAUUUUCUUGUUCUGAUGGAUUUCUCUAUGAUGAUACAAAGUGGAAGAGCACUGUUGUUACACAGUGGGAUCUAGUCUGUGACCGAGAAUGGCUUGCAAAAUUAAUCCAGCCUACGUUCAUGCUUGGAGUCUUGAUUGGAGCCGUGAUUUUUGGAGACAUUGCUGACAGACUGGGAAGACAGCGUGUUGUAUGGUUCACCAGUGCCGGUCAGUUUGUAUUUGGCAUCGCAGUGGCCUUCACAUUUGACUACUACAGUUUUGUGAUUGUGCGCUUUCUCCUUGCUAUGGUUUCAAGCGGCUAUCUGGUUGUGGCUUUUGUUUAUGUGACUGAGUUUGUUGGCAUUAAAGCACGAACCUGGGCUUCUAUGCAUGUCCAUGCUUUCUUUGCUAUGGGCAUCAUGAUUGUGGCACUCGUGGGAUUUCUCGUUCGGACCUGGUGGGUCUAUCAGAUAUUUCUCUCCAUAGCGACUCUUCCCUUUGUGUUGUGCUGCUGGAUGCUCCCAGAAACACCUCUUUGGCUCUUGUCAGAGGAAAGAUACGAAGAGGCACAAAAAGUAAUUAAUAUAAUGGCAAGAUGGAAUAAAGUAAGCACUCCCUGCGAAGUUUCUGAACUGUGCUCAGUCCAACAAGAUGAUCUAGUCAGUGGCAGAACGGAUGACAAUGACACAUCCUCAACAAAGAAGCACAACAUCUUAGACCUGUUUUGUAACUGGCAUAUUGCGAGAAGGACCGUCACAGUCUGGCUGAUCUGGUUCACUGGGAGCUUGGGAUACUACGUCUUCUCCCUCAGUUCUGUCAGUCUAGGAGGCAAUGAAUAUUUAAAUCUCUUUCUCAUAGGUGCUGUGGAGUUGCCUUGCUAUAUCAUUGCUUGCAUUGGGAUGGACAAACUGGGAAGGAGAAACACACUCAUUCCGUUCCUUAUUUUAAGUGCACUGAUCUGUGUUUUAAUUAUGUUCAUACCUCAGGAUUUCAAUACAUUAAUUAUCUUAGCAAAUAUGGCUGGAAAAUUUUCAAUAGGUGUGGCAUUUGGCCUUAUAUAUCUCUACACAGCAGAACUAUACCCAACAAUUGUAAGAUCGCUUGCUGUUGGAAGUGGAAGCAUGAUGUGCCGUGUAGGAAGUGUGGUUGCUCCUUUCUGUGUAUAUUUGAGAAGUGUUUGGAUUUUCAUGCCACUUUUGCUCGUUGGAAUCAUGGCUCUUCUGAGUGGAAUAUUAACAAUAAUGCUUCCAGAAACACUGGGGAAACCGCUGACUAAUACUUUGGUGGAAGCUACAGAAAUGGGAAGAAAGAAGAAAAGCUGUUCAGGAAAGACUCCUCCAGCACACAGUGGUGCAGCAUUAGAAAAGAUAGAGAUGUUUGGUCAAGAGACAGUCAGCACUGAGAAAUAAAGCAACAGCAAAAUGGCUGUUCCCAAUUCUAAUCAUUAUCUAAUUUAUAGGGUCUUUUUAUUCAAGAAAUGUGAGUGUUCUAU